AUGACUUCUGUGACUCUGGGUUCGUGGGUUCGGAUGACUUCGGUCGUCGACAAAGAAACAAGAUCCAGAUCCAGACCCAUCUCGAAAUUCUUAUCUCCAGGCGUUCAAAGCCUUCAAAUUCCUUCAAUUCAUCAAAAACAGAGAAAACCCAUGUCUUCAAUUUGUGCAGUUCUCACAAAAGAAGAGACUCUUCAAGAAGAUCAACAAAAACCCACUUUUGACUUCAAGUCUUACAUGGUACAAAGAGCCAAUUCCGUUAACAAAGCAUUAGAUGCUGCUGUUUCUCUUAAAGAACCGGCUAAAAUCCAUGAGUCGAUGCGAUACUCUCUUUUGGCUGGUGGCAAGAGGGUUAGGCCAGUGCUUUGUCUUGCUGCUUGUGACCUUGUUGGUGGGUCUGAAUCCAUGGCUAUGCCUGCUGCUUGUGCUGUAGAAAUGAUCCACACUAUGUCGUUAAUGCAUGAUGAUCUUCCUUGUAUGGAUAAUGAUGAUCUUCGCCGCGGAAAACCCACCAAUCAUAUUAUUUUUGGCGAGGAUGUUGCUGUUUUGGCAGGGGAUGCUUUACUGGCAUUUGCCUUUGAACAUAUUGCAGUUUCUACACUCAAUGUUUCGCCUCUUAGAAUUGUUCGUGCAGUUGGCGAAUUGGCGAAAGCUAUUGGUGCUGAAGGACUUGUUGCUGGACAAGUUGUUGAUAUUUGUUCUGAAGGGUUAUCUGAAGUAGGGUUAGAACAGCUUGAAUUUAUUCAUGUUCAUAAGACUGCUAAGUUAUUGGAAGGUGCGGUUGUUUUAGGGGCUAUAUUAGGUGGAGGUACCAAUGAGGAAGUUGAGAAAUUGAGGAAAUAUGCAAGGAGUAUUGGAUUGUUGUUUCAAGUAGUGGAUGAUAUUCUUGAUGUUACCAAAUCUUCACAAGAAUUGGGGAAAACUGCAGGGAAAGAUUUGGUUGCGGACAAGGUUACUUAUCCUAAGUUAAUGGGGAUUGAGAAAUCUAGAGAGUUUGCUGAGAAGUUGCUUAAUGAAGCUAAGGACUUGCUUGCUGGAUUUGAUCAAGAGAAGGCGGCUCCGUUGAUUGCUUUGGCUAAUUACAUUGCUCACAGGCAAAACUAA